GCUGUCUGAGCUCGUCGGUGGCUGAGAUUUCCAUUGCUCUGGAUAUGUCUGAUAUGCCUGAAAAGUCUGCCACCGCACCGACAAACCAUUCCAGCAAGGACCUCAAUGUCUCAUUGGAACCACACCUUGUGGAAUCUUUGCAGCCGCUGCUACAUCUGCUGCCUUCAGAACUACUCAUUGCUCUCUUCCAUCUCUGCUUGGGCCCGCUCACCGGAUGGUGCGAAGUCGCUUGCCUCCUACAACCCGCCUUUGCGGCCAGCAGACUACUCGAUGAUCGCUCUGCUCGCCGGGACGCGUACGUCUCCCGAACGGAAAUUCCCUGCGUACGCCACCCGAAAAGAGGGCGCGGAUGAGCGGAAAACAUACAGCGACCGUCGAGCGGUGACCAACGUGUUCAACGCUCUCCUGAGCAUCGGAGGUGCGGGCGCAGCGACGUGGUGGGCUGCUGGGAGACUGGAUUGGAAAGACGAGUGGAAAGCACUCCUGUCCUUGGCAGUUGCCCUGAUAGUUGCCGCGUCUGAAGUAGUCCUGUACCUCAUAUGGGACUCGAGGCGCUCCCAGCCGCCGCGCCCACUCUCGCACCGGAGUGCUGCGCGCAUCGAGCCUUCGGAGUCAAAGAAAGCUCAGGAAGUGUCGCCCGACUCGUCUGUCGACUCCGACGCAGCUUCGGGUGAAGUAGGGCCCAUGAGCACCGCUGUCGCCAACACUCGCGGUUCCGCUAAUCUGCGCGAGCGGACUACAGCGGGGCAGCCACCGGAUUCGUAGUUGCAAUGUCCCUUGACUAGAUAUGACCACGCAUCUUAGCACGAACGGGCCACUGUCUUUACGGACUAUCACAUGUUCUUGUUGAUUGCAACCAUCGUUGCAUGAGCUAGUUGACGUCGGAACAUAUGACGAACGACGCCCAAGUGGG